AUGGUAUUGCACAAGUGGGCAGUGGUGAGCAAAAGUGCUCCACCGCCGCCAGGGCUGCGUCCUCUUGCCCGUGUGAUCCCUUUACACCCGCGGUUGCUUCCUGCCGACUACAAGAUCCCGUAUGUGUUGCGUGCCUUUAUCAAGGACCGCCACACCAGUGAUAUGCAACAUUUAGAAAACAGAGGAAUGUUUGCAGAGGAGCUUGCGAUUGAGCGGGCAAGAUUUCCGCGCUUUCACAAGACCCUGACAAUUCAAACAGACGGCUCACUUAACGAGCGCGAGUUUGAGUUUGUCGUUCCCCCAGUCGUCACACUCUUUCGCGAUCGACUUUCCGCCCAUCGUCAGCGUCAGUUAGAGUUAGCCAAGAUAGGGAAGCUGCGGAAGGAACGAAGCUGGGAGACAACGACGGUGGGCGAGGAAUCCCCUAACCCGGUGUGCAACGCCCUCGUCUUUCCCUACUGCGUACCGAAGAUAAUGCUGAAGAGGCCAAGGCUUGCUGAUCCGCUAAGUGCCAAGUCUCAUGCUCGCAGCACCGGGUUAAAUUUGGCAGAGCAUUAG